AUGGGAAUUGAAGUUGUAAAAGUGAAGCCGGGAGUUCCAGAAUGGGUGUUGGGUAUUAUCAAGUACAUAGACGCCAACGAGGUACCCAACGACAAGUGCGAAGCCAGAAAUAUAAGGAACAAAGCAGCGCAUUACACUCUAGUCAAGGGGGUCCUAUAUCGAAGGGGAUACUCUACACCUCUCCUGAGGUGCAUCUCAUUCGAAAAAGCCCAAUACGUACUUGCAGAAGUACACGAGAGAAUCUGUAGCGACAACUCUAGAGGAAAGAUGCUAGCAGGCAAAGUGAUGAGGGCGGAGUACUACUGGCCUCGAGCCCUAUGGGAUGCCAAGGAGUAUGUGAGAAACUGCAAGAAAUGCCAAGAAUACUCCAAAGUACCCCAUUGCCCGUCGGAAGAGCUAACAUCAAGAGGAGUAAGAUUUGAAGCAGUAGCAGUGGCAGUGGAAUACUUCACCAAGUGCAUAGAGGCUGAGGCGUUGGCAACGAUCACGAUGGGAACAACUACCCGAGACGAAGGAAAAUUGGGUCCUCAAUGGGAAAGCCCCUAUGUGGUCACUGUCAACAACCGCUCGGGCUCCUACUGGCUUCGAGACUCCCAAGAGAACGAGCUGCCACCCCGCGAGGUGAAGAGUAGGUCAGCCAUCGCUCCCGCAACGGAGAACGGGUCCAAUCUUUCGGCUACUUGA